AUGAUCGUCAUCUGCUUUAAAUCAAACAAACAGAAACAGACAAUAAGAAAAAGAAAAACAACAGUCAGAGCUCCUAACCUGGCCUCUGUUCAGGAAUUCUUGGUGCGCAGACUUUCAGGAAACUUCCGGAAACAUCGCUGCGAAGGCACUGAACCCCAGACAGAACAAAACAUCUUAACCGUGACAGAUCUGUGAACAAGAAAACAGAGACAUCAGCCUCAUAUAGUCUCCUUUUCUCAUUAUAAAGUAAUCUAAUUCAGGUCAGUAGCUUGGGUGUUCAUCUUGUCUCUAUCAUGUAAAUAUUGUCAGGUGUAAUGAGCAGUGAUCGUUACAAACACCUGGGUCCGGGACUGUACCAAACACCUGAAACAGAGGGGGGUGGGUUUACCUUUUGUUUGUCUUUCGUUCAUUUUGAUUUGAUCUGUUCACGUCGCUCGCAGCUGUCUGACAAGUUUUGUUCAUAUUUAUUUAACACCUGUGUCCCUGUCAUUUUAGAAGAAUCACAGAUGCUGGCUCGAUAACACAUUAAGUAGAGGACACAGUGCCCAUUGUUUUUUAAAGAGAUUGUCAAAUUUUGAUCAUGAUCCAAUUAAUAAUUGGUACAGUUUUAUCUGUGUUUGUGAACGCAGAAACGAGCUGUGUUAAAAGAAAGUGGCUUUUGGAAGUGAUAUUAAACCCAUGCAGAGAUUUCCACUGCAGAGUCUGGUCCGUUUUUAACGCAGAGCUGAAGAUCAGGACCAUCCAGUAUUGCCUCUUGUGUGCAGUGAUUUCUCUAGAUCCUCUGAUUUAUUUAUUUUAUGUAUGCAGAUGAUCAAAUCCCAAUAUUCUAGCAGUUUUAUGCUGAAAAGCACCACUCUGAAAUUGUUGAACUACUUGCUCACUCAGUCUCUCACAGAGUACUGAACCAUAUGUACUCAUAAGGCUCUGUCUCUUAUAAUAGACCGCCCAGUCAUGUUACUAACCUCAUUAGUUGGGGGGUGUGUUAUUUUUGACAUUACACAACUUGUCUGAUUUUAUUGUCCUUGCUCUAAUUUUUUUCAAAACCAAACUAAAACAUUGAGUUUUAAAAAAUAUAUUUUAAUACCAAGUCACGGUAAAUGACUGUUUUUUUUUUUCCACACAUCUCCUCCCUGUAAAUUUGGAUAAUUUUGCACACACAUCAUACAUGUAAAAUACUUCAGAGUCAGUACAAAAAUGAACUGUAUCAUAUGCGUGUCCAUGAGAUUACAGUUCGUGUCUCCACACUCGCAGUCUUUGAGUGUCUUAUUGGUGAUCUCUUGUUAUAAGAGUUUUAUUCCUGUGGUUUAAGAUCUCCUUCCAGGUGUUGAACCUGCUGCAGCUAAUUGAUCCCAUUUACCAAUAAAAGCAUCAGUAAGCUCUAACACUGAUGUUUGGGGAUGAAUUCUGGCUUCCUGUCAACAUUUCACUUGUAGCUUAAGGUGUUAUGCCGCUUUCAGGUCAGGGCUUGGUUACAGUUUAACUUUUAACCUUUUUCCUUAACGUGAGAUCAAAUCUUGACUGGAAAUUUUACUCUUCAUGAAAGUAUAAAUGACAUACUCUUGUGUAUGCACGUGUCUGUUUACACUGUGCAGCGAUGACAGCAGACUGAAGGCUGCUGGGUGCAGACAGGUUGCAUUUCAGGACAGACAGUUUUCCUCUCAGCAGCGCCCUCCUCCGGCCUGCUGCUGCACUGCGAGGAGAAGCUGAGUCGACCCGGUGAGCGACUGCCGCUGAAGAGACAACACCGCUGUCUGCACUCAGGUAAGAAAACACCCCCGUUUUGCUUUUAUUUCACGAAUUAAAUCCCAGUGUGAUUCACCCACCGAGCGGCUGAUGUGUGCGCACACCGCUGUGUCGUCCUCCUCCAUCGGCAUUCGUCUUGUCACUUAAUAUUUUUUGCAUGAGGGUGGAGAGGCUGGGCCUGUGUGCGUUUACACGUAUAGAAAUAUCAUGCACAUGAACGAGAAGCAUAUUUCUGACAUCUCACGGCUGCACGGACCCUCCAGCUGGAGCUUUUUUGGGGGGUGUUUUAAAAUCCCAGACCUAAAUUACGCGGGUUCUCAAUGUUCAUCGAUCCAAAUCUACAAGAAACAGAAAGAAAAACGUGUUUUUGUUGCAGCCAUCGUCGCUCCAGCUCAGGAGGAGCAGCAAUCGCCUCCCUCCAAACAUUCUCAUUCUGCAUGUUUUCUCCUCAGUCAAAGCAGGAGGAGAAAAACACCGAAAAUAUCUCCAUCGUGCAUCCUCCGGAGCAGGUCCUGCUUUCGCUCCGGCAGCACGGAGAUUGUCCUUGCGCGCGGUAACAAGACUAAUCCGCCAGAAUAUUUAUAAUCUCAUUAUAAAAGGAUUCCCUGGGGACAACAAUGUAAUGUUAUUUCCCCGAUAUUCAGUCCGAUUGAGCGGCAGUAAACACCUCUUUUCUUUGUGUGCUUUGCGCGCAGUGUGAGGUGGAAUCGGUGUCUGUAUGCACUCUCACGUUGUUGUUUUUUUCCUCUCCCGUUAUUCUGGAUCUUUCGCUUCUUUCUUGCAUCUGAGGGCCUAAAUGGGUUCAAGCAUAGCUGUACGUGCGGCACAGAUGCGCUCUUUUCCUCUCUAACCUGGUUCCCUGCAUGUAAAGCAAUGUAAAAACAAGCCCUCCCUUGUGUAUUCCCUCAUUUACAUGUAUUCCCCCCCGAAUGUCCAUGUUCCUGCAUUAUUUAGAGAGCGCUUUUCUGCUGGGAAUCGGGGAUAAUGAUGCGGUGCUUGUGCGCAAAUGCCAAGCCCAUUUUUCAUGUGAGAGUCCGCACAGCAGCGUCUCUUCGCUGUCAGUGAACCGGGCUGCUUAUCUGACACGUAUGGGCUCCUCAGUAAUCCGCACGGGGUCAAUGGACGGGGUCUGAUCCACAGUGGGUGCAGAAACAGCCUUUCACCAUGAAGCCAAAUGAAAACAAAGGCUUUAAUUCGUCGUUUGCGUGUCAGCAGUGCUCAAACCUGCUCUGAUGGACACCGUGGAUUAAGUGGAAAGAGGCUGCUCUUCCACCGUCACACCUCUCCUCCAUCCUCAUGAGGAGAGCCAGGUUCUUGUGCGUAACGUUACAAGCAAGGAGGAGGAGGAGGUGGUGGUGGUGGUGGUGGUGGGGGUGAAACGGGCAUGUUGUGGGCUGUAACCGCAGCUGGAAGCCAUUCCAAGCGGCCAGCUGAUCCGCGGAAAGGAAUGAAAGACAUCUCCGCGUCAUUUUGUUCAUGUCUGGAUUAGUUUCUGCAGCCUGUUGGCAAGAGUUGAUUCCAGAGAGAUGGAUGGAUGGGUGAGGGCAGACAGAGACCCCUCCCAUCGCAGGGACAGCUGAGGAAGAGGUUCAAAGUUUCAUCUGGUUUAUCUUCGGUCCUCGGACCAAGAACGGAGGCCAUAUUGUUUGUUCAGUUUUCAGCAAUAACAGUGUGUUAUCAGCCCUUAAAUGGCCGUUAUCAGCUGACAGCAGGAUGUGAGUUUGAAGACCACAGUCAGUACCUCUGAGCAGCUGAGUCAGCCCUUAUCGACCAUGACGUCACUCACUGAUUUUGGCGCGCAGUUGGGAAGUCUCGAUAUUUACCACCGCCAUGUUUAUUUGCUUUUUGAGUCUGGAGUGAGCAAAUAAGAGGGCAAAAAUAAAAAUUAAUGACUCAUUUAGUCAUAAAAAACUAGCUUUCCUGUCUCUGUACAUGAUGCUGCAUUCAAAAUAGAACUAGCUAAUUUGCUGUGUCUUGUUGUUAAAGGGAUAUUCCGGCGUAAAAUUAAGCUAGGGUCAAACACUGCAACACCAAGUGAGACACCCCGUCGAGAGAUGAAUGUUGCCGACCGCUUGCUUCUCUAGUUAUACCAACUUUAGUAACGACCGCAUGAUCACAAUUCAGAGAGCCAUGCGCUCAACCAAAAGGCCACUCUAUAGCCACAAAUAAUGCUAAGAACAGCACCUAACUUCAUCAACAGGACAUAAAGGGUCCCAGCUAUAGUGCCAGCCACCAAACAUCUUUUAGCUUUGCCUGAUUUCAAACACUACUCACCCUCUCUUCCAGCAGCCACUUGUUCUCUAUCAAUAUGGCCAACAACGAUGAAUCCACCUACAGAAGCCUCUAGCUGAGGCCUAAAUAAUAAGACAAUCUGUUGGAAUACAACGGUUGUCAAAAAGAAAUCUCCAAAUGGUACAGGCAACACUUACAUGGUAAAAAGGUCAGGUUUAGUGUCUGACAGUAGCUUAAGCAACACCUGCCAGACCAGUAGCUAAAAGAGACCUCUCAAACACAGCAGCCUAUUGCUCUAGUUACACAUAAAAUUAUACGACAAAGCUGUAAAAUAAAGCCCCCCAACACAUAUCAUGAAUUAUGGAAAAAUUGGAUUAAAACCCUUACUGUCUAUUUGUACAUGGCUGUCAAUACCUGAAAUGAUGCUUUAAAGUCUGGCUCUUCAACAUGGGGCCUAAUUUGGACAGAUUCAUUUUUGGCGUCAACCUCUAGGGGCCACUGAAGGCACUGCAGUUUUUGGGACCUUCACAAUGUUAUGUUUUUAAGUCUCUGAAAAUACAAGGGUGCAACUUGACUCAGAGGAGACUGGAAAACUGAGAGCCUAUCUUUCUAGUUUCAGGUUUGAUGGAGUAAAUUGUUUUGAUUAAUAAGACAAACUGUUUUCUUUUAUCUGAUGUGCUGAGUUUUGUGAAAACGUAAGAGUAAAUAUUCAAACAAAGCUGCAGGUUGACUGUGCUGUUUCAGGUCUUUCAUUGUAAAAAUCACUCCUCUGAUUUUAGAUGCUGACGUGAGUGAGUCACCAGCCUCAGAAACACAUGCAUUAUGAAAUGAGCCUUCAGCAGAGUGCUCCAUUUAGCAGACACUGACAGGCUACUGCCACGCACAGGCUCAGGUCCAAAAGUGACCGCAUCCAACCAGCCAGCCUCAUUUUGGAAGGGCCUAUCUGGGGAGCUUAGCCUGGCAACACCAACGACAUCACCAAAAUUACUUUUCUACAGGCGAGCUUUUUAUAUAAGUUAGAAAGAUUUAGCGUAUUAAAAGACUCAAAGCUGACACAAUAAGAUGAUUGAUCGACUACUGGUUUAAUUCCUUAUAUUCUCAGGUUUUAGCUCCUCAAAUGUGAAGAUUUCAUUUCACAAGAAUGUAGCUGGAGCUCUCUCUCCAAACCCCUACAGAUUUACAUAUAUAAACAAGGAUAAAGUAAAAGUUUCUUAUGUAAAAGUAGGGCUAAAGAGACGAAAAAUACGCCAUCUAUGUAUCAUAUUGGAUAAAACAAGAUGACUGUUUUAUUUCAUAGACAAAACUAUUAUUUAAUACAACAGCUUAACACAAUAACUGAUGAUUUAACACUGUGGUUUAACUUUUGACUAAAUACCACAUAUAAUAACAAGAGCUAAUUAUCACUUUUGUCAUUAAAAGACAUCUAUACGAAUUUCUGUCUCUUUCACAGACGUCUCAAAAUUUCCUCACUGGAGCUUCAAGUGUAAAUCCAUUCAGAUGCACUGUAAUAAAAGUAGUUAAACCGCACAGCUGUAAGGUUGCCAAGGAAGACACUCAGACGUCUGUCAGUUUGUGUCGUCUCGUUACAUAGAAGAAGAAAAGCCACGCUUGGCUUUAAACCGCAUUCUUGUACACAGUUAAUUGGCACCAUGCUGAUUGAGGACUUUGGCUCAUUGCACCAGAAGAAGAACACGUGUGUGUGUGUGUGAGUGUCUGUGUGCGGCUUGUGUACAUAUUGAAACAUCCAGCAGCUGGAGUAUCUGAUUAUUUUGCACCAUGACAACAUGAGAAGAAUUCCUCAUAUUUUGAAAUCCAUGCUGCGUGAUGGCAGAGUGGAAAAUGUCUUGGCGUGUUUUUCGCUGCUCUGCGAACUGGAGCUGAAAUAGAUCCCUGAUUACGUAACAGAUGUCUCGUUCUAAGAGGCUACAGAGUGUUUAACCUGAAAGGAGGAUGUGUGGAAAGGUAGUAGGGUGUGGUAAGAUCCUGGAGGAUUGGAAACAAAGGUAGAAAAUGUGACUGAGCUUCACGGCUCCUGAACAUGUGUAUCUGCUGGUACAGAUGCUGAGCAGAAGGCCGGCCCUGAACGAUCCCUUCCAGCGUUUAGAUGGAGGCAAAAUCGAAACGGGCUCCACCUUCAGCCCCCUCCUCUGCAGGGCAGGGCCUUCAUUAGAAAAGGUAGAGUCAGUGUGUGGCUGCCGGAGGCUCGGUGGGGGGAGAAUGGCAGAGAAAGAGAGAGAAAGAGGGGAGGAUGAGGAGGGAAAAAGUAGGUCAGAGAUACAGAAGCAGCCAAGCAUGAGAGCAGCAUCCUCGUCUCUCAGCUGAGCGACGAGCAGGCAGGCCGAAACACAGCAGCAGACACACGCCUUUGUGUUCAUUUUUUCAUGUAUUUUCAGCUAAAACGACGACAUGAUCGACCAUUUAGUUAAUAUUUUCCAUAAAUUCAUUCCCCGGCUCUCAUACACGUGUAUUUCUGCUUCAUGCUUUGUCUGUAAUUCAAAUGGAAAACCUUUUUUUUCCUGCUACUAGACAGACAGGUAAAGCCUUUUAAAUAUGUGAACAUGAGCACUUGACUUUCAUUAUUUAAUAGGUGAGGCUUUAAUAUUCGAAUCAUCAUGAAGGACACUCAUGUUCAGGUCUGUGAGGUACUCUUUGACCUACAGCAGAACAGAAACCGUCAGACAACUGGGACGACUAAAUCUGUGAGAUAGAACAUGAAUAGCAACAGCCUUCCUAAACAGCAGAGGGUGCUAUCUACCCUCAGUUUCUCAUGUUGUCUGUAGCUGGAUAAAAGUGUUCAGACAUGACGGCAGCAGGUGAAGGUUUGCAGUUAUGGGUUAUAAGCAGUACAACACAUAGUCCUCGUCUGGAGGUAGGAGAUAAAGAUAAAGGAGGUAGAGAUCUUGUGGAGGUGCAAAUAAAUCAAACAUUUUAUUCUAAUAUUCUUAAACCUUGUUUACUUCUACACUUUCUACUUCUAUGCCAUUAUAAACAUUACUUAUGUGCUGGGUUGUCACUCCAUUUGCAACAGUCCUGCUAUCUUCCUUUGUUUGUGCACAUGGCAACCAAAUCUAAUCGAGUCUAUUGGAGAGUAUCAUGUUUGCGCCGGAGCCGAUAAAUGUUGAAAUGCUCUUGAUCUUGCACUUGGGAUGUACAGUUGCUGAACUGGCUGCUGAAUUACGGACAGUCUUACAGUAAAUGUUGUAAGUGCAGGAAGCGAUAUUUUUUUGUAGGAUGGUAGGGUUAGGUCCCGCCUCCUUCGCCUCUGAUUGGCUAGAAAAGCUGGAAACGUCGAACAGAAUAUUACAAAACAUCAUUGCGCUUUUAAAUCUCUUAAUCCUAAUCCUAACCCUAACCCGACAGAUGAUGACGUUUCGCAGCCAUAAGGAAUAACCAAUCGGCGCCCAGCACUUCUAGCCAAUAAGAAGCGAAGGAGGGCGCAUGAACUACCAUACAACCCAGAAGACCAAUCACAAGGCUUGCGCUCAGCACUGUGUAAUCUUCAUCCAUAAGUUAAGUUAUAUAUGUGAGCUUUUUCAUUUACUUUUUCAUGUACUACAAGAACCCAUGACGUGAGCUAACAUGUAGUUAUAGAUACAGAAAUAUUAACCUGGCUUUAGAGCCGUUUUCCUCUGAUCUCCUGCAGCCUUUCAAAAUAAAAGCACACUGCACUGAUGCAGAAAGGCUGAAAACUGUAGUUUAUUGACUCAAUAAUCAGUUCAUUAUCUAAGUUUAGGAUUAAGUGUGUCACAAACAUACAAAACAUGCACACUGUUUGAUGAAACUCAAAUCAAUGAAAUAACUAAACAGUAUAAAUAUGAAGCUGUGGGACUCUCUUACUACACCGUGUAAGACACUAGAAAACAAACACGGCUGAGGCAGGUAAACAGCAGCAGUGUAAAUAUUGUAAAUAUUACAAACAGUGCAGUAAUGAGCAGAUAAGUACAAGAGAGAAAAAACACAGUUAUGUUAAUCGAGUCCUCAUUUAGGUCAUUUUUAAAGCAAAAUUUACAAAAUAUAUAUACUCCAAAUGUCUAAAAAAAUGUGUGUUUCCUCUUUUCUUUCUGAGAUUUGAACAUUGCUAAGCGGUCAUGUUGGCUCUGAUGGGCAUAAAGCUGCAGACUGUGUAAAGUCUAUACUCAAAAAGCCCCUGUGAGUGGCCUACAGCAAAAGUCAUUGAUUUUCACCAUAGUCAAUAAAUCUCAAGAGACAUUUCAGAAGGAUGGUCUAAAAUGAAGCAGAACAGGCGGGGAUUUCCCGAGUUUGAGUCUCUAAUAUGGGUCAAGCUCUGACAACACUAUGCUGAUAUAGUCUCCUCUGAUUGACUAUUAAUGUCUUGUAAAUACCCUCCAUUUUCAGAAGCCAAAACCCACCGCUUUAGAGCCAAGCCAAGAAAUGAAAUUUUAAAGAGAAGAUGUUGCACAACUUCUAAACUAAUGCGUGAGUGUAAAAUUAGAAUCUCCCUCAGAGAAAUCUGAAUUUUGGAGCAUCUCACUUUGAAUCUGUGGUUAAAAAGCACUUGUCACUUCAGACUGCUGCUGGAUCUGUGUCAACAGCCCUGUUGACCGCACUUCUCCUUGCAGAGCCAUCUUAGCGGUUUGCUCUGGAGGCUGGGGCCGGUGCCAAGAUUACAUUUUCACACGGCCCUGAGAGGAACAAGCUGCAUCAGCAGACCUUUCAGCCCUUUUCCCCUCCAUGAAGCUGCGACAAAACCUGCUGUCACGUCCCCUUUCUGCUGCAGGUGAAAUUUGUGAGCCUGUUUUGUCCCGAAGCAAAUCAUCUGAAGGGCCUGAACUCUCGACACAAUCAGUGACUGAGGGGUGUGGAGAUGAGAGUGAGAGCGCUCUUGUUUACAGACUACUUUACAGCGGGCUGCUGUAGUACAGCUCUGCCGCAGAUUCAUGUACUCUUCUGUGUACACACGAGUAUCAGCUGGAGGAUCCAGUUCUUAUCAGCCCUCAGAGCCUUCAGUGUGUUUGCUCUCUAACCGUCUGAGCUCCCGGAUGCAGAUCGAGGGAUUGUCAGAGGGAUUGUCUUCAUUGGCAGGGCUGCAGCUUUCUUGUUGUUUGGAUUCUGUCAUGUGUAAUGUUACAAUGGGAGUCUUGUCCCCGAGCACUGACAGUACACUAUUCAUUAGAGUUUCAAUGGGACACAAAGCAUCACUCAGAUUUAUCUUUAAAAAGAAUUUAACCUCCUCUUUUUUUAGAUGCACUUUUUAAAGGGAUGAAUUAUUUUAUAUUCUGUAUUUCUCUACCUAAGGAAUGACUAGAACUAAGAGUAUGUCGGUCAGUCUCUCCAACACUCUCUUUGUCCUUCGGCUCAAAGCCUGUCCAGUUCUCGGACCUUUGAAUGACUGCCUACAUCUCUGAUUAUUUCAGAGUCAAAAAGGUCCGCUGUCGUGCUCGUCUGCGCUUUUUUUUCCACCACUUGGGGAACAAACAGAGCCAACUAGUGAUUGGUUGGUCGCUCUGAGAAUGGGGACAUUGUGUUCUUGCACCAGCGCCAGAAAAAUAGCAAAAGACAGGGCCACAAAGUUGGCAGCAAGCGUGGAGGAGAUCGAUGAGGGUGACCAGGUUGUUGUAAGUGAACUGAGAGAAAUAAUAACCCUUAAACUCGCAUUUGAAGUUGAGUCAGUGGCGAUUAACAACAUCUGCUUUUGUGUGGACAGAAUAGAAGUGUCAGGAUGGAUGCCUGUCUGCUGCUGAUUGGUACAGCACACGAUGGAUAUUAACGAACGUGAGAGGGAUGUGCAGAUGAAAGAUGGCAGAAAGAAAAAUGAAGCUCAGUCUCAAAGUUGUACGGUUACAGAGUAGGUCACAAAAACAAUGUCAUAUUUUUUAAAAGGGAAAUUAACCUCACGGAUCAACUGCUCAGUGCUGUGGUGCAAAGACGUAGUAUGUUUAUUGGGACUUCUUUUAGCGUUGGAUUAGUUCACAAUUUGUGUUUCAUUACGUCUCUAAGGCUGCAGGAUAUAACACUGUAACUUACUGAUGUGUUUCAAAGUCCAAAUUUUUAAUAAUGAAUCAAAAUGCUUUUUGUUAAGUAUUAAAUAUUAUGUAUGAUUUAAAUUUUAAAUCAUGCAUAAUAUUUAUAGAUAUAGAUAUAUUAAUCUCACGAUAUAUAGUACAUCUAAUUGUUAAAUUUAGACCUAAAUGUUGAAUUUACAUGUAAAAUAUAAUUUUAGGAAAAGAUAUCAAGUCCAUUCAUUUUUUAAGACUUGACAUUAAACAUUCAAAUCUAAUUUGACAUUUAUUUUUAAUUUAAAACUUUUUUAUUCAACAGUGAUAUAAGCUGUCAAAUGAUUUUAAUGGCAUAAAUAAAUCAAACAAAGUUCACUCAGAGAAUUAAAUUAAAAAAGUGACUGAAAAAUUUAAGCCAUAUUUGUUUGUUUUUACUCUAAAUGUGGAGAAAUGUUGCUUAAUUUAGUGGAAUAUUCAGGAUAAAUUCAGUUGUUUUCUUUGUUUGUUUUGUUUCUUUUUUAAAAGUGCAAACCUUAGACUAUAGUCAACAUUGUGUAUUUGUUUUUUGGUCUUUUCUCAGUGUAGUGAAGUGGAUUUGUUGCCACUCUGUCCCAUUCAUGCUGUUUGAGCUGCUGGUGGAAUUCAGUUUAAACACCCAAGGUCAGAGGAUACGAGGAGCAUAGAGAGGAGGUCACAUAGCUGACGCUGAGCGCUCCUGUAAGAGAGGUUUUAUUGGGCUGGGUAACCACGGCAACAGUUGGGGUGGAGUUACCAUGGAAACGGUUUAGGCGUUGCUGGCUGUAAAGAAGACAAUCACAUCAAGUGCCGUCACAUCGCUGCUGGAGAGGAGGAGAGGGGGAGGAACUGAGAUCCUUUAGUCAACGUGAAGUGUGAGAACCCUCUGCUACAAAUACAAGUACUGCAUUAAAAACUGCACAAGUAUUAUCAGUGACAAUCACACAGAUUAUCAAAUACUGUAGCUUAAAGUCCUUUGGGCUGAGCUUGCCUUGGUAGCCUGCCUGGACUAACACUAUGCUCAAUUUCUAUGUAACAUCUUAACAUAAAAUCGAUAAAUACAGGCUUUCCCCAACCCGCAUGAGACCUCGCCUCCAUAUGUAGAGAAAUAAAGUGUAAAAUAUCAUCAUAUAGACAUAAUCAAGUACAAGCCUGAGUAACCUGUAAGACUCACCCACACACAGCCCCUCAGAAAACACACUUCAGUCACUCACCACCACAGAGGAGCCUGAACAUUCAAAACAACAAUACAUUUAAUCAGUCACGAUUGAUCUCCCUCAUACUGAUGGAUGAUAUUUUAGUGAACUGAUGUGUCUUGGGGUCAGAGCAGGCCUUAACGUGGACCUCGUGAGCCGUGUUUGUGAGCAUGAGGCUGAAAAUAACCAUCAGAAGCUGACAAAUCUGCAUCAACAUACAAACAAGGAAAGAGCAGUUUGGCUCCAUCGCUGAUUACACCAUAAGCUCUCCGCACCGGCCUCGCCUUGGAGUUAGCAGUGUGUGUGUGUGUGUGUGUGUGAGUGUGUGUUUGUGUUUGUGGUGGACAGUGAUUUUGUGGGAUGGCAGUAUAUGAUUCAAACUGAAAAACUGCUGAUGUAACCAGAGGCUUGGGUUUAAUCUGAUAUCUAAUCCUCUUUUUAUGAGAUUUGACGCAUUCACAUCUCUGUGGUCGAAGGAGAGUGUUGGCACAUAAGGUUGACGUCCCGCAGAUAAAUGAAGAAUCAUUCAGUCUAUGUUUUUAUCUAUUAUGGUGACAAUAAUUAAGUAUAUUCAUGCUCACAUGAAAUCAAUCAUUAUGCUGAUUUAUAAUGGUGGCUAUUGUUAUGGACCUCUGCUUCAUACCACUCUGAGUUUUGGUGUUUUCUGAAGUUUUUCUGGGUUGUCUUAUCCUUACAGAGGAUUGGAGGAGGAGAGUGGUUGUUAGUGUUGUUGUAUGCAGAAAAACAUGACAAAUAGGGGAUCAUAGGUCACCUACGUCACAGGAGCUUCUUGUCCUUAAAGGCCACCAUCACUUUAAUGACAGGAGGGGUGAGCAAGGGGGGUUAUACAGGGCUUGACACGAACAUUUUCACAAGAGGCGCACAAUGAAAAUUGAUCAAAUAAUGGUCCAUUAUUCAACACCCAACGUUGACAGUGAGGGUGCCCAGUGGAUUUAACUGUGCUGCUGUUGUUAUUCCCAGUCAUGGAGAGUGAGAAGACACCGGUAGAUCUGCUGUGAAUGUCCAUUGGAUAUCGAACCUAAAACUAACUUCACCGCGGUAUUUACAUAAAAUUUGUAAUGUAACAUUUGUUGCCUUGGCUAAUUUUUUUACAAUUCGCACACAUCUAGUUUUAGUCGCAAAUGCAAGUGGUCGCACUGUCGAGCCUUGUUAUAGCUUGAACCUUAAAGUUAAAUAUUCCCAUUUCCGUGCACUAAACUUGAAUUUCUGAAUCACAGCCUCUCAAACAUGUCCGUGUGUAAUUUCUUAAUACUUUUUAGAGUUCUAAAACAAACAAAUCAAGUGUUAAUGAGGAAAUAAUCCAGAGAUUAUUCAUAUUACACAGAUUUUUAACCAACUUUAACCUCACUCCUCAGUAAAUUUGCAGACUUUGACACUUUCACAUUUCAGCAGAGAGCUUCUACAUGUUACAGAGUAUUUUAAAGAUGUGUUGUUGGCUUGGCUAUUAUCUGUGCUGUCAUUUGUGGGACAUGAAACAGAAGUGCUGCACUUGUUCAGAGCUGGUUGUUUAGGAAGUGGAACUUAUCUCAUCAAGGACGACGUGCACAUGGGCAGAAGGAACUAUUUUUAUCAGUCAGGCUGUAACAUGAAACACCGACCCCACGUCAGGAUGUAUAAAUAACUGCUUUUCACAGACACAGUGUCUGUUUACAUUUCACGGUGACGGACUGGAUUCUGCAGGCCGGAAGACGAAGUGUCCAUGAAGUACGCCAUCAUUAUAUUUAAUCCUUAAAUCCAGGCUUCCUCCUUCUUUUAUAUCCUCAUCUUCAUGUCUUGAACUUUUGCAGCCUGACCUGCGACUGGCAAUGGACUACAUGAACAACGCCUCCAACAGCUACAGCUCUGGAGACACCAUGAGCUCCACCUUAGCCAACAUGACCAUCAACGACCAGCACCAUCAGGAGAACGGGGUCCAGAUGGGACUGAGGAGCCCCGGAGACGCCAAAAUGAAAGGUCAGAAAUGAGACAGAGCAGCAGAGUCAAACAAAGAGAUGCUUCUUCUGUUAAUGUGCUCCCUGAACGCAGCUGAACGGUUGUCAAGGUGAUGUAACCCUGAUGACAUCAUUCUCAUUAUCUUUACACGAUUACGUCAUCGAUCAGCUCCGAUGUCCUGACAGGACCCAUCACAGAGGUUCACGCUCUGCAGCACUUUAAUAAACAGUAAAAACUGGUUCUUAGUCAGUGAGCUGGUAAAGUUACGGGUUAUGUAAGAUUUUUGUUUCCAAAUAAUAAAGAUGAACUUUAAGUCCUUAAAGAAAUUUAACAACUCGAAAUGCAUAAACACUAAUGAAAUAUCAGUUUUACAGUCUGUGUCUUACAGUGAGCAAACCUGCUGGGUUUCUGUUGUUCAGCAUCAAUAUUAUCGACUAACUGCAACAAGGAUGCUCUGAUCAGUUAUUAACCAUGCUUAAAAAUCAAUAUAUUAACUCAUUUAAAGUGCAAAUUAUGACGUUUAUUACGAUCUGUCAAAUAUCAGCUCCACAGAUAACACUCUCUCUACAAAAGUGAGAUGUAAACUGAUAAAUUAUUGACGUCUGUCCCUGAUAAAUAAUAAUAUAACUGUCUGAAAACUUUAGAUUGGACUGUGGCACAAAACGAUUUUACUUUAAAUGUAUAUGUACCACUGUGGGGCUGCAGCUGUGGUUUCGUCUUCAGAUGUGAUAAGACACAGAUGCUUAAUGAGGCGCCUUUCAAAUUAAAAGGUGAAAAUUUUACUAAUUCAAAAUUUGCAUUUUAUCCAUAAUCGUACAUUUUAUUUUGAAAUGGUUUUCUCCUCUGCUCCAUGACCUCUGAGGUGGUUAAGACACAUUAUCAAAAGCAUCAGUUAGCAGGUCAGUUCACUGCAGAAUCUUGUCGUCGCACUAACACACCUACAUAAUGAAGUAGUGGGUUGAUUUUCAGGUAUGCGCUUCAAUCAGACUUAAAAUAUACGACGCGAAAUUACGAAAUAUCCAGAGGCGAAUUUUGACACGCCUGACACAUCAAGUGUGAUGCGAUGUUGCUGAUGUGAACGCUUGUAUUGACAGAAUACGGGUUAAAAAAAAAUACUGACGUCCGAAAUAAUCGCACGAAAAAAACGCUCCCGGUGUGAAAGGACCUUUAAACUGGCAGAAGUGUUCUGACCAGUUCACACGUGGGCUCGCCGAAGUUAAACAGCAUAAACGCGACGUAAGACGUUCGUACAAGAAAAACUUGACAGGAGAGGGUAGGAGACGGUGCUGGUGUUUCCACUAUUUGACAUAAAACCCCUUAUGAAUCUACAGACUGUCUUGGUAUGUGAUGUAAUAUGUAAACCAGGAGACGGUCCAGUAGUAACCAAUCAAAAGAGGCGCUACCCACUCUCACAAACACAGAUAGACUUCAAACUGAUUCUCAUCUGCUGCUUGUUUUCUGUGAAAAUACAUCCGUCCAGUUCAAUCACCCGUUGAACUAAAACCAGAGCUUGACUCAAAUGCAGGAAACAGUAGACUCUGUUAUUUUGGGGGCUGAAGAUUUAAAAGUAAAGGAACCCCUGAGCUGCAAAAAUAGAGGAACCAAAAAUAAGCUCGGGGCGAAUGAUGACAUACUAUCUGCUGUAAAGAGAAGAAAAAAAUAAGCGGAGAGAUUCGAUGUGUUCAGAUUGUUGAUGGUCGCCCUUCCUCCUGAAAUGUCACUGGAUCAUGAUCGUUGAUCUUUCUCAGAGAUGAUGUAACGCUCCCACACCGCUGACAUUUUAUGUCACUUUGAAAAUCAACUAAAGUUUGUCUGACCGCUGAUUUCCUCUGCCAAAAACAAACCCCCCUUUUCUGAAUCAGCAGUUCGGUGUUUGGCUCGCCAGCAUUUGAUUGAUGUGAAACGACAGAUAAACAUCAGCCAGCGAAAUUGGAGCUUGGAGAAUUAUGUGCCAAGGGGCUGCUGGGGGUCAACGGGGCAAAAACUGGCUGAUACAGCUCCAUAUCAACAUUGGUGCAUCCCAGCGUUUUACAUGAUUUGGAUGAGUAUUGAUGCAUUUAUCCUCUUAUGUGCGGCGUGCGGCAUUCACACUGAUGAGCAACAGACAACUAAUGAUGAUGUUUUACUUACAAACGUCAUCAAACUGGAGGUUGUCAUUCUGAUCGAUGAUUGAUCAAUCGGAUUUCCAAACAUAUGCUACAUCCGGCUAACUUUUGGGGAACUCUGGAGCUACAAGGUCAAAGAUCACCCCAAACCGGCGCCACUCUCUUCCACGAUACAUUUCUAAAGCACCCCAAAGGGCAGGAUUUAGAUGUCCGUGAACAAUCCUCCAAAAGUCUCAGAGUUCCUGUGUAGAUUCGGGGCUGAGGCCGAGCACUGCAGAUUCUACUGUGCUUUGUUUUAAUCCCUCUUUACAUAAUGGAUACAAGACAUGCUUGACUGGCCCCGAGUGUCCCUCUGCAGCUGCACUGUGUUCCCUAAUCCAGACAUCUGGGUCAGAACAAGCCCUGUCUCCAUCCUGUGUCACUGUACGCUACCGAUUCAGCUCAUAAACAAUCAGGCUGUUUAUGAAGCACAGAAAAAUGAGGCUUUUUAAAUUCCUGACAGGGUUAUUAAUGUGAGGACAGAAAAGACAUGUCAAAGGACGGUGUAGUUUGUCAGCUGCGGCGUUUGUAAAAUAAAUAAUUACAGUCUAGACAGACUGUUCAGCUUGUAGCUAAUAAUCAGUCUUCAGUUUCUUCCCUCUCAUCCCAAUCGAACCAUAUGGCCAAUUAGUACGUAGCUUAGCGUUUCCCAGUUUACAGCCCUCUCUAGUGCAGUCGUUCUCCCCGUUUCUACUCCCCAUCAUCCCCUGCACAGACAGGAGGCAGCAGACAGAGUCAGAGCCAUCUGCAGUGAUAAACAGCUCAUUAACCAACAGUGAAACACAGAGUGAGUAUCUGAAUGUGUUUUCAGUAAACAACAUGGCGGAGUAGAGCGUGCUGGUGUAGGAGAGUGUGGUUAUAUCUGUGGUUGUUAGUCGUGAGUAGUUUCAUGUAAAAGUAGAACAGCUGGAUGUUGUAGUUUGAGUCAGAAAUCCUGAGUAAAAAUAGAUGAUGUCGUCAGAGACUUCAUUAAAAUUUGAUCAACUACAACAGAGUUAGAUGGGAAAAAUGGGAUUCUGCUGAAUCAGUAAAGGUUUGUUUCGACUCUCUGGCUCACUGCUUUACGAUUUCUGUUCAUCUAUCAGUUUAUGAAAGAGGAUAAUGAAGGCCAAUGGUGGGAGUCGCCAAAUUGGAAGGCUUGUGUUGAAGCCUUGGCCGAACCCUAAGUCAACCCUUGCAACACUACCAUGUGUCAGAUCAGCUACAUCCACAAUCGUGCCUCUUUGUCGGACUUUGAGAACGAGCGACAAAGUCCUAAACUGUUUUUUAACCAGGCUGUAAACAGGUUUAGUUCUGCUGUAAAAAUGUGCAUUGUGGUAUGAGCGCUUAAGUUUUUUUUUCCACUUCCACAUUUCUUCAUGUUUCAUCUCUGGUUGUUGACAUCUUUCAGGCAUUUCAUUUGUAACGCUGAUGAAGUUCAAGCUUUAUAAAAGCUGUUUUGUUGUUAAUUAAAGAGGAAUUUUGUGGCUUUUGUUGGCAGCAGAAAGACAAAGUUAGAGGAUCUGUAUCAGCUGACUCUUGUUGACUUAUCGAACUCUAUAAAUAUGUGGUUGGUUCUGCUGCAGUUUGGUCCCUAAUAUGAGGGAAAAGAUGGGUUUUUGGUGUAGCUGGCUAUAAUUCAAGGAAAACAUUUGGAAUUUUUUGAUUUGAUGAAGCAAAGGGAGAUAUGAAAAUGAAGACUGAGUUAUGACAGGUCUUGGUUUACACUUUUGCACUGAUUUUAUGCUGCGCUUUAGUGAGCAUUACAAGUACAUUUGAGAGUCUGCAUCGGUCUGCAAUAUUCUGCAAGUGUCGAACUUUGAACAAAUUAAAAUGUUUUAUUUACUUGCUGGUUUCUGCUGAUUGUGUCUAUGUUUACAGGACUGCUUUUUUGGCUCUGUGAUAUUAUUUCCCUCUUUUUUAAGUUUCUAUUCUGACGUGAUUGAAAUGUUAAAAUGUGCUUUAUUUUUAUGCUUGAAUUUCCUCUAACUUCUUUCUUUGGGGUGUUUAAUAGUUUAUUUGAAGUGUUUGUCUUGUUUACUGUACAGCACAGACUGUUGCCAAGGUUCUGAAUUCACUUUCACAGCUCACGAACAUCAGUUAUGUCUGAACACAAGUGUUUGAGACUAAUGUCCGCCCCUGUCACAAAAACCCUCCAGCUUGACCUCCAGUUUACCUCUGAUUCACAGAGGCUGAAGCAGCGCCUGCUGAGAAUGGAGUGAAAUCUGGGCCUGAACUCUCUCAGGCACAGAGCGGCCACUGUGACGACACGGUGCAACCCGGUACGCCCGCCUGCACUCCUCUUGUCAUGACGCUUAAACGCCAAAGACUUAACUCUUUAUUUUUAAACUCUUAUUUUAGUUUGUGUGCCGAUUAUCAGUUUAUUUCUCCUCUUGUAAGAAUAACUUUCUUUUCAGUGGUCUAAUCUAAGAAAUGCUCAUCUUAAUUUGCCUAAUUUCUUUUACCUCACAGUUUUAUUAUUUCAGCUUUACAGCUCUAACCCAUGCACGCCUUGAACCUGCUUACUGCCUGUUAUUUAAAGCCUGCUGGUGAAUUUAGGCACAUGCCCUGCAGCUGUGUUGUCACUGUGCAGUAAAAAAUAAGAGCCUGUUAUCCAGCGAACAUGCAGAAUCAGCAGUAGCGUGGAAAAAAAUGCCUCUUUAUGCCGGUAAGAAUUAACCACAGAAGCUCCACUCCGCUCUGGGCUGAGCACGCUUUGAUCAUAAACACUGAGACUGACAGCCGGUCCAGAGCCGAGUGGAAAGUUGUGUCAACAGGUUGAAAAGCCUCCUUGAUCUGUUAAACAGCACUAGAGUGUGUGAACAUGAGAAAUACCACAGCUGACCCGUAGCAGCUAACACCAGGUCAUGGGGACGCUGUCUCAGAGCUGAUUUAGCCAAGUUAACACGAGUAAACGUCCGCCAGAUUAGGGGUGGAUUUAAGGUUCAGUUAUAUUUGUUUCCUGACUCACUGACAUGAAUUUAACCCACAGAGGAGACGUCUGCAGGGAAAGCUGAGGCUGAGGCUGAGCUCUCAGGAAUAGAGGGCACCACAUGUGAAGACGAGGGGCAGCUUGGUAUGCCUCCAGUCUCUGAGCUCUUACUUUCUUUUCCAGCUGCUCGUGCUUUUCGGUUUGUUUUCUCAGGAAAAGUUUUGUUCAGACAUGUGCAUAUUUGCUUUGUUGCUCAGGAAAGCCAAGAUCAAUAUUUCUCCCAUGUGUUGAUAUGAAUUGAGUCUUUAAAAGCGGUGUAUUUUCAUUCAUAAAGAGGGGGCAGAGGGAAGUUUAAUAGAUUUGAGAGUUUAUGAAGGUUCAGUUUCCAAACUGUGUUAGCGACAACUGUAACAUUUCAAACAGAUUAAAAACUAGCAUUAAAGUUAUGUGGCUGACAUGACAGCUCUUUGAAAGUAAAGCCAAAGCUAUUGGAUAUCCUCCUACUAACUGGUUAUAAAACCCGCCCCUUCCAUGUUAACAGAUGAGACGCAGGUUAGAUUUGCAAAUUGAUAUACAUGUUGAAUUUUUUUUACCUUUAUGGUUGUUUCCAUCAUUUUAGUUUGUUAUUAUCAGGCUGAUUUAUGUCCAAAUGUUUAUUUUCUGAAAAUAUUUAAGUUAAAAUAAUUGUAACUGCUACCUACCAGCCAGGGCUGUAGACCUGCUUAACAGGUAGUGCUACAGUGCCAUGAAGCUAGAAAGGUCUACUACCCGGAUGUAAACAAAAACAGAUGUCAUGUCAUUUUUGAUCUGGAGAAAGGUUGAAUGCAGAAUAUGUCUGGUUAAAAUGGCAUAAAAAUACACAGGCAUGUGGAUAUUAACAAGCAAGAAGGAGGUUUGGAGGUUGGUGGUGCUUGCUCUGCUAGCCUACUAGCCAAUCUGUGAAUUUGGCUUCACUUUGUUAUAAUGAGUAGAUUGAGACAGUCAGUGAUGCUAACCAGGCUGGAUUCCCUCCUCUGUUCCUAGUCCAAGUUAAAUGGCCACUUGGAGAGUCUUAAAUAUUGAUCAUGCACCCGUGAGACAGUAUUGAUCUUGUUUUCUAAUUUGCUGUGUGAAGUUUCUAAUUUUCUUAAGUGGUGAAUUUUUCAUUUAUAAUAUAAAAUCUGCUCUUCUGUUCGCACUGGUUUUGAACUGAGCUUACUAUUUUUCUUUCAGCAUCAUUCCUGGAAAGGAGUGUUUGGCUUCUUCUUUUCUUCUCAUGCUUUGGCUAUAAUGUUUAAUACUCCUACGCUUCAGGACUACGACAUGAUCAUAAACAGGCUCAAACAUGGUCUUUUUUUAAAAAAAGAAAUAGACACUUACAUCCUGGCUAUUUCAGGAUGGCCAAACCGCAGAGAGAUUGAAGCCCGGUGUGAUGUGUUAAACAGAUGCGGCGCUCCCAGUUAAGGGAACAGCAGAGUAAUGUUAAAAACAGCUGAGCACGACCACAUGCACCAGCAGCAGCAGCAGCAGCAGCUUAGGUGUGGUGCUGGUGCACAUGACAGACAGACAUAAAACAUGUGGAUACGUCUGUGUGACUGCAAACACUCCCUGUUGAUGUUUUGGAGUGAUACUUCGAACAGAUAUUUGCUUUGGGGCUUUUGGCAUUAACUCAAGACAUGCUGUUUGUGGGCCUUGUAUUGAUUUCUUUGCAGUGAGUGUUUGAAUCCUUCACGAACGACAGAAAGUCAUUACUGCUCAUGUCCUAAUGUCUUUUCCAUCUGUCUCUUUAUGUCCAACCAGCAGCAGGAGGAGCAGCUCCAACAGGUAGGCUCUUUGUGUCUUAUUGAUCACACUCAGACUGCAUUUAUUUACCGCAGGAGAUAGAUAUGAACACAGUAAUGAGUCCUGGUGGAGCCCAGAGGAAACAGAACUGUUAGCUCUUUCAUAUCUGUCAUUCAGUGACUGAUUAGUUGGAUAAUGGUGCUGGUGUUUAUUCAGUCUGCGGUGUGACAGCAGGGAAACUCAAGACUCUGUUGGCUUUGAUUUCAAGAUAAUAAACUUGAAUAUAAACUAAUUCAAUUUUAAAUCAAUCAGCACAUUUAUAAACUUUGACCUCUACCUGUUGACAAUGUGGCAAAAAUGCUAAUGAGACUUACACCUAAAAAUUACAAACUAUUUAUCGGCCAUGAUGUUAAAACACACAAGAGGCUGAAUGAAAUGGACAUCAACCAAAUUGAAGAAAACAAACAUUUAGCAAUCACAGAUAGCAGCAGGGAGCUGGUUUUGGUAGUUUUACAGGACUGGUUGAGUGAAAACAGAAAGGCAACAGUCUUUAAAUGUUAUAAUUAAUGAUGGGGAAAUAAAUCUUUGAGUCUAAGGUAGUAAAUGUGUGAUUUAAGUGUUCAAUAUCAGAGUAAGUUAGAGGUUUCUGAUGCAAACAUGUUCAUUUUGUGACUUAUUUUUAUUUCACAUUGUAAAACUUGUAACUUCACUCCAGUUUUUAUCACUUUUUAAAGGUACAGUGUGUAGAAAUGGGGAUAAUUUGUGAUUCCUGGAUUGAAAUACUCCCUUGCUCACCCCUCUUGUCUGUGAAGCUAUGGUGGCCUUUGAGGACAAGAAGCAGCUGUCAAGAUUUUACCAUUACAAAUAUAUCAGGGCAAAUCAAAAACUACUUUCUUCUUUCUCUUCUAGAAAAACAUACUCAUGAAAUGCGAAAUUCUUCACCUUGUACCUUUAAAAGUUUUCUUUUCUGCUACGAAAACUUUGUUCAACAUGACUUUUUUUGGGGUGGGAGUAUAUUACCGUAGAGUCAAAUUCAAUCACUUUAUUCAUGCUCAAUAAUGACCAUAUUUUAGUGGUCUGUUUCACUCGAAUGCAUCACCUGUUGUCUGCCAGCCCAGUGUGAUGCAUUACUGUCCAUUUCCAUCUCAUUUCAUCUCACUGUGAACUGUUUCUUUUCCUCCACUAAUCAUGUCUCACUUUCUGGUUUUGCAUCGUCACUUUUUGUCACUCUUGUCUUCUGUUUUAUGAAACACGGUUAUCUUUAGUUUUCCUCUUCACGAACAUCGACUUCCCUGUUCUGUUCUCUUUCAUUAUCUUUUUGUUUUCAAUGGGGAGAUGGAAAACAAGUGCUGUGAAUGUCAUCAUUAAUCUGCUUUCCAAACAAAUUAGCAAAGCCCGGCUCUGGAGUCCGCAGUGAGUUUGCAUUUGUGGUUGAUGGGUCAAAGCCAGCUGAGGAUGGGACUUCUGCUGAGGGCGGUGACUUCGUGGGAGUUUCUUGCUCCCUGGACCCAGGAAGUGAGGCGGUGGGAGAGAGCGGGAAGAGGCUAAGUGACUCUUUAUGGGCCUCUGAAGACUUCAGCUGUGGUGCUGCAGGGAUUAGACGGGAUAAAUCGCCAAGUAGGAGGAGCCCCGAACGAACUGGAGCUGUGGAUCCUCUCAGGGCCAUCAGUCUGGACGCCUCUGAAUGCCUGGGUGAGAUGAGCAAUCUGCCCGGGAUGUCUUUGAUGCGCACAGCUGCUUUGGAAGAUCUCACAUCCAUUGGAGAUCGAGGGGGCCAGCUUGUCUUGGAGGAAACGGGAAAAGAUGGAGUGACUGCAAACAGGGCGGCUCUAAAGUCCUGCAGUGAUGCUGAAAGCAGAAACGUCGUCCAUGAAACUAAAAACCCUCCUCGCACCCAAAGUCUGUCCCACCCUAUUUUUGAUUCCUCUCCAGAAGAGCAUGGCAGUAGCAGCGUUUCCGACAUGGAUAGCCUCUUUACCAAACCGCCGUCUUGCACGCCAGCUGAAAACAGCAGCAGUGACUCAUCAUCACAUAGAGGUCGCUAUUCAAAGGCUGACAUUUCUAAUGACUCAGACAUGAGGAGCGAUGUGGCUCAGACCACCAGUACCGCUGCUGAUGUGCAGAAAACUCCCCCCCAGAGCUCUCCAGCCAGAAAGUCUCUGGUUCCAGUCGCAGUUUUCAAAGGUCUGUUUGCUGUCAUGUUCACCAGUUCAGAACCAGUCCUCCUCAGUUAACUCCUUCCACUUCUUUCUUUUACAACGCAGCUUUUUUUGCAGCACUCUCCCUCAGAGUUUUUUUCUACGGACAUUAACUUUGACCCGAGGAGAAGCUUGUUGUCCUCUCUCCCCACUUUCGAUUUUUGUUUCAUCUCUCCAUCUCUGCUCACUCUGCUGGUUAUGCGGCCCCAAGAACAAAAAAAAAAAAAAAAAAACACCUUAUGUUUUCCACGAGCACUUUGUGUCAUGAUGCAUGCUGCAUUAACCUCCAUCACCUAGAUCUGGUUUGUCUUUCUUUGCUGUGAGAAUGUGUUUGGGCACACACCUGGAGACAGACGCAGUCAUUUGAGUCACUUGAGCGGAUACUAGUGAGGAGAAAUUAAAGAUGUUCAAUUCCCAAAAUGGGGUCAAUCUCAAUUCUCUUUCUCUCUUCUGUCUGUAGCUCAAGCAAAGAUGGAUAACGGCUCUGCGGAUAAGGUAUGUAACAAAAGACACUGCCUAACGUCCAUCACCUCUCAUUCUCUCUUUAAAAGGACUGCUCUGGUUUAUUAUGACCCAGGAGAACACUGAUGGCCGUUUUUUUUAUAUAUCUUUUUACACUAUAUUGGAAAUGCUGACUCAACUUAACUUUGGUCGACCUCCUAGAGCUACAGUGUUCCCACCUGUCAGUCAAGUCAGCCAUGUCUCUGAUUCUUAUAACAAUAACAAUCGUAUAACGUUAGAAACAAACUUUUCGUACGUCUGCAUCAGCUUCAUUUCCCAAGACUGGAGGUUGCCGCUUAGUCUAAAAGGAUUUAGUUAAUUUUAAAUAAAAAUACGUCAUCAUCCUGAAAUAGACCAAUCAAAAUUUAAGUUUAUUUAGUUUGCAUGAACAAUUUGUCCCCCCUAGUAAACACAUCAAAGAUGUGCACAAACCACAAACUAAUGUACACUCAGUCACUUCAUUCAAAGAGCUUUGACUUAAUUUUGAUAGGACUCACUAAGUUUUUACACUAUUAUUUAAAAACUACAAGAUCUGAGCUGUACAAGCUGGAGAUCCAACAGAGAACUAGCAUACAGCCUGCAGUGGUGGGGAAAAGCACGGGAUGUGUGUGUGUGUGUGUUUCUGUUUAAUUCAAUUGGCAAAGCUCGUCUAAGAGCCUGCAGAUUAAUUUGAUCCCAGACAGGUUAUAAAUACAUCUUCUGAGCAGAAGACAAAGAACUCGCAGGAAAAGGUUAAGGCUAACAGAGAUAACUCAAACCGUUCCAAUAAACAUGUUCAAUUUCCCUGAUUGUGUCUGACACGGAUAAAGAAGACUUGCUGUUUAAACAAUUACUGAUCAUCAGACUGAUUUGAAAUUGCCUCUUAAAAAGAUGGCUGAGAUAAUCCUCCAACACCUCCUCCUCCUCUCACCUCCACCUCUAGAGGGAUUACAGAGAUUAUAGAGAUUAAAAACUUUUUUGUUCCACUCAAAGAAGAGCUGUGAAACCACACCGGUGAGAGUGGUCAGCCAAAAACAGUCCAGGAGAGAUCCAGACUCCAGAGACAAAAGGAACUGCAGAGUCAGAUGAUACCGCUCUGUGGGUGAUACUGACAGCAAACCGUUAUUAAACCGUGUUAUUUACAUUUGCUCCUGCCCCUGUCAAACAUGCUCUCAGUCCAGGUUGUAAUAAACCAGAAUAUUCCUUCUACAUUUUAUUUUUUGUUCUGUUCUCUUUCUUUUCCAUCACUUUUCAUUUGAUAAUCAUUCCUCUGUUUUUUUGGUCACUGUCACCAGAACUUUUGUUUCUUUAUUCAUUUUCCCUCCUCAUGAAAAAGACUCAAACUGCCACCACACCAACCUCUUCCCUUAAAAGACCAUCCGUAAAGGGCGCCAAAACACACGCUUCUUCCCGAAACGGCCCCAGCUCCAUCCCCAUUAAAGCCAGCAGCAGCACAGGGCCCAGGCAGCCCGGAGUAAGUACAGGUCUGAAUGCAGGUAGAGGUUAGGAUGGAUGGAUGGAUGCCAGUUUCACCCUGCAGAGGUGAGGCGGCUUGAUUGCAUCCAAACCUCCACUGAUUUUGGCUUCACUGCACUAACCAAAGCCAAUCUGGCGCUCAGCUGGAUCAUAAUGAGUGAUUCCUGCAUCCAAACAAACUCGUAUUACUCACCUGCCUUGAGGAAGAAUUCUACUUAUUUGCAACUCCAGUUCCUAAAAGCUGGGACUCUGUGCUGGAACUAGGAUUUGAUGUUUCACAAACUAUUUCAACCCUGUAUUUAACUGAAAAUAGUGCAAAGACAACGCACCAAAUGUUAUUUAUUCAUUAAUUUUUUAAGUUCUGUAAAAAUGUUUGUCAUUUUACAUUUGAUGCCAGCAGGAUGGGGCAUGUUUACCGCUGUGUUGCAUCAUUUCUACUUUUUAGGACUCUCUGUAAACGUUUAGGGACCAAAGAAAUCAGAUUCUGGACUUUUGAAAGUGAAAUCUUGUCAACUUUUCUAUGGGUGACAAGCUGGGACUGCAAGAAGGCCAGUUUAGCACCAGUGCUCUUCGACUACUGAGCCGUUUCCUCUAGACAGCCAUCUAGACUCAAGUCUGUUUUGUGCCGAUUUCUCCAGAUUGACUGAAUCUUUCAGUAUUAUGUGCUGUAGAUGAUGAAAUCUCCAAGUUGUGGUGCAGUAUUGUGAAAUUACCAAACUAUUUGCUCACACAGUCUGGUAUAGAGGGGUGAACCUCUUCUCCUGAUUUCUCAGACACUCUUUUCAGCUCAGAGACUUUAUUUUUGCACUAUUUUCAGUUAAAUAUGGUGUUGAAAUUAUUUGACAACCUUCAAAAUCUGUUUUUAAUCAACAUUUCACAGUGCUUCACAGCUUCUUUGGAGAAGGGGUGACUUAAUAGGGUUGUAUUGUUUGUUUUCAGAGUGGUGCAAAGUCUCAGACCCCAGGAGCCAAAAUCUCUGCGAAACCUGGAGCUCAGCCAGGUAUGGAAAGAGCAUUUGACACGUCACGUACUAAUCCUAUUUUGAUGAAUUACCUUUUAAUUUGUCAUUUCAUAAGGAUUAAGCUUAAAGAAUUACUUAUUAUGUGUCAUAUUUUUUUGUGAUACAGCUAGUGCCAAGAAACCUCCCACUCCAAAAAAUGAAAAAGGUAAAAAAAGGAGAAAAAAAAACUGCAAAAGCACAAAUCAUUAGUGACCGCUUAAAGCCACCGUGCCAAAGUCUGAUCAGGUUAAUCCUGGAUCAAACUUGGGCAGCUUUUAGCCAGCAUAGCUCUAAGUUUCUUUUUUUGAUUGAUCAUUAUUUCUGCAUUAUUUCCUUUAAUCGAUCUGCUGAUCUGCUUCAAACGGCUGACACGGUUCCUUCUCUGAUUGCUUAAGAUGCCAAGAGUGGACAGAGCAGCCCUGGUACUCCUAAGUCUCCCUCUAGCCAAGCGCUCGCUGCAAAGGCAGCAGCCGAGGCCAACAAAGUGAAGAAGGUGGCGGUGGUGCGUUCUACGCCCAAAUCUCCAGGUUCCCUGAAGACCCGCGGGGCUCCUCUGGCUGCUGCUGCAGCACCCAUGCCUGACCUGAAGAACGUCAGGUCCAAGAUCGGCUCCACAGACAACAUGAAACACCAGCCGGGAGGCGGAAAGGUACUGAGACACAGCGUACGCCUCAUACUGCAGACAGUGCAAGCCUCUUUAGUCGUUUGCAGAAGUUUAAGUCCAGUUAACAUUUCUCUAGAUGAAGCUGCAGAGGCAGAUUUUAUCUUAUUGGCUGAUUUCAAACUAAAACGGCAAAUCCAGAGGUCCACCAGUUAAAACAGGUUAGGGUUAGAGCCUCUCUUAAGGCUCGGCUUUCUGCUAUUUUUAAUUGUGAAGCCACUCUUGCGACACUCAGAUGUCUUUCAGGAACAGGUACGUGUUGGCUGCUGUUGGUGUGAUGGCGGUGGAAGUUGCGGCUGUUAAGAUGGUCUUUCCUCAUAAGUCAGAGUAAAUCAAUAAAUUAUGUUUCUGCCAGCUGUCUUAAAAGCUCUUAUCCAUUAACGUGCACACAGCAAGAAAAACGAGCUGUCACACAGACAACAUGCAACCAGUGCAAAAAUGGGGUCAGUCCACAGCAGGGAUGUGGGAGUUUAGUCGACAUAAGAAGGCAGAGAAGACCACGGAGAUUCUCUUAACAUUAGCCACACUUAGAAAACCACUUUUUUAGACACAGAGUAAACUCUAGCUAACGUUAUAGCUCACUUAGGUGAUCUAACUGAACCACUGUCCUGUGCCAGUCAACAUGCAUCAGGUAAGAAUCAGUUUAUCGACAGAAGAAUGUCUGCCUCCAAUAUGGGAGGUGGAAAUAUGCCAAAACAAUCGACAAACACAUCAGCAAGACUUGUAAACACACUAGUUGUUUCACUGCAGAUUCAUGUGAUCCAAUGUUCAGCUGUGAUGGACAAACUGUGUUUUUUGGCUGUUUUCUGGGUGUCAUCUUAACUAUAGACUUGUUAGUUAACAAAACUUCAGUUUCUGUGGAAACAAUUUUAAAAAGUAACCUGGAUAUAAGUCAUCCCAGAACAUUCCUAGUCCACAGUACACAAAACCAUCAUGGAAGCUGGAAAAUCUGGACUUUAUUAAUUGCAGGUGAAGGAACAAAUGUUACGUCUGCAAAUAAUACUAAAAGAAAGUGAUGAUGUAUUUUAAAAUAUGUAAUGAUGUGUGAAUUAAGGAGGAAAUAUUACAUAGAUGAGUUUUAGUGCAGUCUCUGUUUCAAAACUUGUUUGUCAUCACUUGUCGUGCAAAUCAAAGAUGAAUGAAAGCUGCAUGUAGUCAGAGUCGUAUUUACUGAUCUCUACCUGCUGACGGAUUGUUAAAGUCUGGACAAAAAUAAACUCAUGGAUAGUUUGUCUUUAAGAUUAGCGCGGUAACACAAACCUGGUUUGUCUAUAAUCUGAACAAGUGGAAGAAUCUCGACCUGCAGAGGUUUGAGUCUGUAAAUAUGUUUGUAUUUACUGAUCAGAGCUGAGAACUUUUGACGGGACUUAAACUUCAAUCUGUGUUUUUAGUGUUCUGGGUGCUGUCCACACUCUGUCCAUGUACUCUUUCUGUCUGUGUGUGUGUGUGUGUGUGUGUGUGUGUGGUUGAGUCUGAGUGUGUGUUUUGUGGUUGACAAGUGUGUGUGUGAGGUCCAUUUUAGUAUUAAAAGCUCUUCAGUCUUUGUUCUAUUUUUGCGUUGGCUGCAGUCACGUGUCCAAUGUUCUCCUGCUGAAAUUUAGUGGAUGCUGAGUUGUGAUAUUUAUGGACCAAACUAAAUCAUUUAAAGGGCAGAUCAAACAAACACAAGAGAGGAUGAAACUCCAGGACAAAUGGUUUUUAGAUAGUCCUCAGUGGUUGCUUAUCCCUUCCUCCCAUCUCUCCCUAACACCUCCACCUGCAUGCGGUUACACAAACCAGCACACAGCUCUUGUGUCACUACAUCGUCUUCUCCGCUCCACAUCUAAAAACUGACGUUUUCAUUUUUCCAGGUACAAAUCCUUGAGCAGAAGGUGGACUAUAGUAAUGUCCAGUCUAAGUGUGGCUCCAAAGGCAAUAUCAAACAUGUACCCGGUGGCGGCAAUGUGAGUAACUGAGGGAUGAACUCAACACCUGACUCUUGAGUAUCUCUGCAGUUAUGAUCAUCAAAAACCAACGUUUGGUAAAAGACUCAGUGCUCUCUUAUUUGUGCUCUUCAUGUUCAAACACAUGACCUGAAGAUGGAUUUCCCAACAUGCUCAAAAAAACUACUAAUAUGACUCUGAAAUGUUUAGAUUUUUAAUGGAAGUGUUUGUGCUUUUUAAGUUUAAGCUGAAUUUAACCAAUGACCACUGCUGUAAUGCUUCAAAACUAGCAUCUGCAACAUUUAUCUGGUCAUACAAACUAAGCCAGUGGACUAGAACUAACAGAUUUGGCACAAUAAUCCUGUAAUCAUGCACUAAAGUCCUGAAACUAUGACCCAGUAGUGUCACAGAUUGCUCUCUUAUUUUGCAGAGUUAUGGAUGGCAGCUUACAUGAAAUAAGUCCAAAUAUAUUUAGCUUUCCAUCCACUCAUCAUCUUGUUUUUUUUCCUCUGAAGCCGCUCUUUCCCUGCUUUGUAAAUUUUGAUUAUUGUUAUCUUUUCUUCUCACACUCUGCAGGUUCAAAUCCUGGAUAAGAAGCUGGACUUGGCCAACGUCCAAGCUCGCUGUGGCUCGAAAGACAACAUCAAGCACACGCCUGGAGGAGGGAAGGUGAGAGAUUUGGACGCUGAGUCAGGGCUUUGGAUUUUAUUGUCCAGAAAGUGAAGUUUCUAAAUCUUUUAUUUUUCUUUCCAAGUAUUUUCAUAUUCUGCAGAUUUUUAUUCCACUUUGUACUCGAGCUCCACUGCAGGUUUUUCAAUAUUGUACUUUUUCCUCCACUUAAUUUGGUCGGUUUUUAAGUAGAUUAGGUUAAUUACACAAAACAUAUCAAACUAAGCCGAGCUUAACACAAGAUUAUAAUCAAACAUGGAUCCAACCAUUGUUUAGAGGUUUACUUACAGUUUGAAUAGAUUCACUCAGAGAACUUUGUCCACUUUGAGCUGAUUGUGAGUAGGUGCAAAGAGACAAAUACAAAAGAGGAUAAAAUACAUGUGCAGCUCGGCAAAAGAGUCAAAUUUGAAGACACAAAGGUCAAAGCCCACCUAGUUUCCUCUUCUCUUGCUUUUUUACACUCAGAUGUUGGACUUACUGUAACAAAUGUUUCAGUUUUUGCUCAUAGUAGAAUUGAAUUUAUCUCAGAGUUUUUUUUUUAUUGAGAAAAAAAUGAGAUAACCUGAUAGGAUCAUUCUGCACUCAGAGGAAUAUGUUAACUGUGCAGCAAUGACAACGUUCUUGCACUUAUAUCAUCUAUAGCUAUAAUGCACAGGCUGUAGUGGCUGGUAUGGGUUGUCACUCUGCUCAGUCUGGAUAAAAGUUAAGUCCAGUUUUGAAUGCAGGACUUUAACAUGUUAGAGAGAUGCUGCACUGUGGUUUUUGCUCAGGUAAGAGGUCUGAAAGCUUUUUCCACUACUUCAAAGAUCCUUUCACGUCAUUUGAUUUCUCUUGCACACAAGGCUCUCUUCCUUUCUCUCCAGCAGCUUCUCUCAGUGGUUCUCCUUACUUCUGCACUUUUCCAGGUUAAAAUACUUGAACAGAAGUUGGACUAUAGUAAUGUCCAGUCUAAAUGUGGCUCCAAAGACAAUAUCAAACAUGUACCCGGAGGUGGUGAUGUGAGUAACUACGGGAUCUUCUCAUCUCUGCAGUUAUGAUCGUAACACAAACCUUUAAGAUAAAUCAAAGCACUUUCCCCUUCCUGUUUAAUCAGCCAUGUUCACUGGUUAGCUCCCUCUUCCCUGAGCCUCCAGCUCAUUCCUCAAAGAUCUCAUAUCGUUUCAAGCAAAAGGUCCUCACUCGCGGCCUCGGCUGCUGCUUGUUCCUCGGGAUAACAGUCUUUCUUCUCCCACAUAUCACCUUUCUAGGUACAAAUUCUUGAUAAGAAGUUGGACUUAAGCAGUGUGCAGUCCCGCUGCGGCUCCAAAGAUAAUAUAAAACAUGUACCAGGUGGUGGAAAUGUGAGUAGAUAUGGGAUUUGGCCUGUGGCAGGCUGCAGGUGUGCAGCUUCAGCCUAAAACCUUGUUCUUGUCGCUUCUCCUGAAUGCAUCUUCACAAAGGAGCAGGAUGUCCGAGUGCACGAAAAACCUCCUCCGUCUGUGUAAAACCUGUUUCCUCCCCACAGACCUGUUAACACCUCCUAUUAACUGUUUGAUCAUUAAAUGUCCACACACCCUUGAGCAUUACAUACCGACCUCUAGAACAACACUAAACUGUAGCUGCACUUGACUAGCGGUAGUUCUGUCUCUGCACGUCCUGAGCCCCUGAUCAGCAGUAAUUGUUGUUGUCUUUGUUAGUGUGCGGUCAUUGUUCCAGCUCACAGUGCCUCUGCACUCACAGCUAACAGCGUUAUGUAAUGCUCAUGGUCCGAUGUAAGUUUGAUGUUUAAUCUGUGCUUGUUGGUUUGACAAAGAUAACAAUUUUUUGCCCCAUGAAUCUGGCCUCAAGACAACAUUAACGGAGGCUCAUUUUCACCAAUUCAGUAAAAAGAAGAUCCUGUGAGUCAGAAUAAUAACACAAGUUUGUAUCCCCAAAAAGGUUCAUAAAUACUAACAUAUUACUGUAAAAAAUAGUACAGUAUUCAACAAUUAUGACCCAGUAUCUCUAUAUUGACAUAGUGAGGGAUGACAUGAACAGUUUAGUUAUUCAUCAACAUAAAAAUAAGAUGGAUCGUGUCUGUCCUCUCCUCCUCCUCCUCCUCACUGCUGCUCAGACAUACACAGAAGUAGCAGUGAAAGCAGGGACUGUAACUCUGACAGUGAAAACCCUCAAACAGGAGCAGAGUGAGAAAAGGGGGUCACUGAAUUCACUGAGACACCUGGACACGAGUACAGGAACACAUCACAUGACCUGCAGCGCUCACUGACGCUCACUGACACACACGAACACAGGUGAUCCCUGAUAGGAGUCAAAUCAUCCACCUGUUUCAUUUAAGUUUCAUGUAAAGACAAUAUUUUAUAUUCCUCAUCAAAUAAUCGAAUGUUAGUUGCCUUAUAUAGUGUAACCUUUUCUUUAUACUGACUGACAGGAUCUUCUUUCCCACUGUUUUUGGCAGAGGCAGGCUUCCAUACAAACUGCAUGACUCCACUGAUCCAUGCUAUGAGCUGCAUGAUCAGAUACGAUUCAUGACUAGAAAUUUGAUCUUUCAAGGAUUCUCAAGUCCCUCAUAAGAAGAACUAAUAGUAUCAUAAAUUUGUGAGGAGAGGAGACUCUCCGCGGAAACAAAGAGUCCCUGUCCUCGGCCUCUCCACCAAACUGUGCCUGUUGUCGUGAGCUCUGAGAUGACCUCAGCUCGCAGACUGAGCACUUUGUGUCAGGAGGCGAGCGGCCAUGACAGGAGAGCCUGAGAUGAGGUCACUGAGAUGACUUUAAUCUUCAAUCAACACCAGCGUGUCAAAGAAUGCAGAAAAUGAUUGGUCCAACUUAAAGUUAGACUCUUUUUCAUUAAACUAGAUCUUUUUUUCUGCAUUUUAACUUCUAACAAAUGUCACAAUGGUCACAGACGGCAUCACGAGACUUCAAAUUUAAUCCAGUUUGUCUUGAUGUGUUCAGUUUGAUCAACCUGUGUUUUCCUCCAUCCUCUCUGUAACAGUUUCAGAAGACUAACAGGCCAGUUGUUUCUCAGAUCAGUCCCUCUGUAGAUGCAUGCUUAGUGAAUCCGUGGUGAGAUGUUUCUCUGACAUUUCUCUGUCCUCUGCUUUGUUGCCUUCACAGAUUCAAAUUGUGCACAAAAAGAUCGACCUUAGCAACGUUACAUCUAAAUGUGGAUCGAAAGACAAUAUUCGUCAUAAACCAGGUCAGUAUAUCUCUGUUGAUUCUUCUGAACAUGUUUGAACAAGUCAAAGGUCUACUUGUGAUUUAGUCAACAAAAUGAGAAUAUUACAAUUUUGUUUAUACAUGUGAAAUACUGGUGAUUAGAACAGAGCGGGGAUGUCGAUGAUGAGGGAGGAGUUAUGUAGGAUCUUUAAGGGUUUUUGGGGCCAGUGUGUCAUUGGUCUUAGAUAAGUUGGAGGAGGCUGGCUUGCAUUUAUGAUUUUAUUUCAGUGAGGUAUUUGGUCAAUGUGAAGAAGGUUGUUGUGAUAAUGAAUACGACAGAGAUCAGGGUUUCUGCAGGUUUCAACAAGUAAAAUUUAGGACCAUGAUAAAUACAAUUUAAGAUCCAUUUUACAUCCAUACUGUCAAUAAAGUACAAAAAAAGGACGGGAAAUCGGUAAAUUUUAAACUAACUUCAAAUCAAUCUUUAUUUGUAAGGAACAUCGAUACAUUUUUAAGACUUUUCAAAUAUGUAUUGAAGAGAUUUUAAGAGAAUUUUAGACAUUUUAAGGACUUAAAUUCAAAUUAUUGGAUUUUAUACGUUUGAAGACUUUUUAAGACCCAGCAGAAACCCUGGGGGACGCCUUGGGACAGAGAAGCAGUGAAGGACACAUAGUUAUUUAUAUUUAUGAACUGUGAUCUCUUUCAUUGUAUGCUUCAUUGUGCUCUGAGAAAAAAUAUUGUGCUUUUAAAUUUGCCUUUGCAACAGCUGUAGUUGCUAUAUAAGUUUAAAAUGAAGAAAAACAAAGUGUGAUCAGCUUUAAAAAUACGACAUAUUUCAAUUUCCAACCCGACUUUGUUUUUCCGACUUUUGUCAAAGAGAAAUUUACCAAGCAGGUUUUACUGAAAACAGUAUUUGCAGGCCAAAUAGGUUUGUGAUUCUGUUUCCUUCUGUUUUCAGGUGGUGGAAAUAUAGAGAUCAAAAACGAGAAGCUGGAGUUUAAAGUCCAGUCUAAGGUUGGCUCUCUUGACAACAUUGGCCAUGUUCCAGGAGGAGGACUGAAAAAGGUACAAACACUAACUUUAAAACACACUUCACUCCUUCCUACUGUUGUCCAUCUAUAUGUUUCAUUCUCGGCCACUUCUACUGCCAAAGCUCAAAGCUCACAGCAUGAAGGUGUGCUCAUUACAGUCCUAACGACGACCUGCAGAUACACAGUACCUGAACGCAGCAUGAACAGCAGAUCGCUCAGAGAGCUGUUGGUCUCAUUUUCAGUUUUGCAGGUUUUGCUGGGUGAAACAUGGUCAGCAACACAGCAAGGUUCACACCUCACCAACAGAACCACUCAGAUCAUCUCAACAUGACUAUUCAUAACAACUGAAACUACUUUAGCCACACAGUUUCCUAUAGUUUAUUUCCACACAGUUUAAAAACAAGUUCAGUUCAAAAACUAUCAGACCAGUUUCUUCUAAAUACCCAAUAACAGGAGAAAUGUUAAAACACUUAUCUGAGUCAUCUUCAGGCUAUCACAUGAUAAUUCAUACACAUCAACAGGGGUUUGCAGCCUUCUCCUAACCCUGGGUACCAUCUACCACGCAACUACUUGAAACAGAAGAGCACCAAUACUGUCGCUUUAGUACAUCCCAAAUUCCAAAAAAGUUAGUACGCUGUGUAAGAUGUCGACAAAAACAUAUUUUUUACAGUUUAGAAAUUGUUGAAAAUCUAAAUUUAAUUGAAAUAGUGCAAAGAAAUGCAGAAAUGUCUGAGCAAUGCUGACCGAUACAAACAGGUUUUGAAGAAACUAUUUUGGAUUUGGGGUUGCAUAAAGUAUGUGCUCAACAUGUGGAGUCAUACAACUAAACAACUUUCACAUGCAGAUAUUGCAGCCUGGUUUGCACAAUUUUAAUUAAGUUGUUUAUGUGGUUGCCUCAAAGAUACAAAUGCCAACAAUUAAACUUUCCAAAGAAUCAAACUGUCAGUUGAUGUGGUACAUGCUGGUAUUUGUCCCGUUGCACAUAUAGUUGUCAAUAUGGAUGUACUGCUUACAGACUGCAAAAUGCAAUCCCUGAAAAGACAUUAAAACUAUAGCUAUCAUAUCAAAUCACGGCAUGACAGCCUUGGUAUUAAAACAAAGGCCUUUUUGUGGUCGAUUGCACCCUUUGAAGAUUACACAUAAGAAGGACGGUUUGAAAUAAAUUUCACCCACAGAAAUCUGAUCAGUGUUGUGGUUGCUUUCAUUUUCCUCACCAUCAGUUUCAUCAUACAUAUUUAUUUGCGAGACAGACUUCAUUUAUAUACUGGAGCACUUUGAUAAAUCUGUAACUGAUCUUUUAGGCUUAAGAAAUGUCUCCUCUGCUUCACAAAGUACACUUGUAGCUGCAUUUUGAUUUUAGGCGGUCUGGUUUUGUGGACAUUAAAGAUUAGUGCAUUAAAGCGUUCGGUAAUAAGGUUUCAAAGCCCUGCCGGGAAUCGUUUCUUACCCACAAUCCAGCAUGAUCGUGAUGGUGGUGACAUCAUAUCUGAUAUUACUGCCAGGGUUCACAGAAAACAGACAUUUUCAGAGAUAAUAUCGCACAGCUAAGUUAUGCUCACCCUUCCCUCCUUUGAGUUGGCACUAGUGCUUCUCUCCCUCUUUUGUUUCCAUUUCCUCCAUCCAGCUAUUUUUGUCUUCAUUAUCAUUUUUUAAUUCUUCUAUUUUUUUGGGCCAGUUAUUUCUUCAUGUAUUGUGUUGCGUUUUGAUUUCUGUUGAUGCCAUCACGUGUAUUUUUGUUGCAUGCUUUGUCAUUUCCCUUGCUGGGGGCUCCUCUGUAGAGGGACAAGGGGAAGGAAGCAGAGGGGAGCACCUCCGGCACCCCCUCCAUCCCCUCCCCUGCUGUCACCCCCCCUCAGUCACCUCAGACUGUCCCUUCAGCACCCAUCACACCUAUCCUGACGAACCCCCUCAUAAAGAUUGAGGACUCCUGUAAGUACUCACCAGCUGUGUGUUGUUAGAUGCUUCAAACUGCUGCACAAUGUUUAAACUUGUCAAAGAUAAUAGCAGUUUUCAACGAUAAAUCGAGAGACCAGUAGAAGCAACAUUAACCCUUUAAUGCCUUUUGUAUCAUAUUUGAUACAUACUUUUAUAUACUUCUAUCAAAUCAAUAUGAUCAACAAAUUACUAAAAUAACACUUGAAUACAGUCCGAUAUAUGAUAAAAAUGUCCUCCUAUAGUUUAUCAGUUUCCAAAAACAUCUCAUGUAUCAAACAAGAUAAAUAAUUAUAUUUAUAAAAUUUUAUGGAUGUGAAGUAAGUGAAAUAAAUAUUUCAGCCCCCCAAAAAUUUGAAUUUUCUGGCCAUAAUUUGUGGUUUUGGGCAUUAAAGGACUACAAAAAUAUGACAUUGAAUUUAAAAAGAAGAGGAAAACAGAUUCUGAUAAUCUUGUUCCCACAAGAUAACUAGAGAAAAUUCGAGAGUUAACCUAAUGGUCCUCCUGGAUAUAGAGCUCGUUACCAAAUUUACAAAUCUUUCUACAGAACAAAAGAAGGGAACACAACGUACACAUCCUGUUCAGAAAAAUAUGUUUUAGUAAAAAAUAAUAAAAAUGGGACGUUUUGACAAGGUAGCCAUCAUCUUUCCGUUUUCAACUGCGGCCGUUACCGCGACAAACACGGACGCGUUUUGCUAACAGUCAUUAGUAAGCACGGUAACACCUUUAAGCAUAACACCAGCUCGUACGAGCUAGCGGCUACCUGCCGCUAACCGCGUUUUACUUUAUAAAGCAGGAGUAGCUUACCUUCAUGGUGUCAGUGCAGCUCUUCUCGUCUGUUUUCUCCGUCUCAACGCUCCUCAUCCAUCCAAAAAAACACCGGUUUCGUCGAGACGACGUCUGUCACUAUGGUUGCUAGCAUCGAUGUUUCCGGGAUUAGCUAACGACGCCAGUUGUUCCCUCACGGUCCCUGUCAGUAACAAAAAUAAGGUGGUCAAUAAAUAGUUUAUUGACACGAUUUUUUUGUGUGCUUCAUAAUACAUCUGACUUUUGUCGCCCUUUCAAGCCAUAUGCUGAAAUGGUAAAAACAAAACGAACACUUCAUACCGAAGAACGACUGGUAACGGUCAACGGUCACGCUCGGUGGCGUCACUUUAACGUCAUUACGCAAUGGAACUUUUUUUUUUUUUUUUUUUUACGCAAUGGAACUCCUCGUCAGUGUAUUUCUUUUUUUAACUUUUUUUUCCUUUUUUUUUUAAAUUUACUUACAGGCCAGGUAGAAUUUUUGAGAUGUUUGUACAGUAUUCACGGUUCAGUCAUAAAAACUUCAUCGUAUGUAUUUUGCAUUUUCUACUGAAAACGUACUGAUGUCAGAUGGAAUCAUUACCACCACUGCAUUUGUAAAUGUAAAUGUUCUUUAUUUAUACAGCCCUUUACAACAACCCUUUCAGUGAACCAAAGUGCUUUACAAAAGAAAAUAAAAAUGAAUAAAUAAAAACAAUAAAAGCAAUUUAAAAAGAAUAAAAUACAGUGCAAUAACAUAAAGUGUCACCAAGCUACUGGGUAUUAAAAGCCAGCAUAAAUAAGUAUGUUUUCAAUGGAGAUUUAAAAAGGCUCAGGUUGGAAAUUAGUCUAUUUCAGUGGGGCCAGAAACUGAAGAGGCUCGGUCACCCCAGUGCUUGUGUUUUGACCCAGGCACCUGGGUAGGCAGGUGUCUGUUUCAUUAUUCAGCUUAUCCAGAUGUCCACUAGAGGGCGCCCUUCAUCCUGUCAGAGUAACACUUCAUGCAGCAUGAGUGACCUUCUCCUGUGGUUCCGCUGCAGAUUGAGAGCCACAAACUGAGCUUCCGUGAGACAGCCAAGGCCCGCACUGACCACGGCGCUGAGAUCGUCUCUUUGGAAGACUCCCCCCACCAGCUCAGCACCGUGUCCUCCUCCGGCAGCAUCAACAUGGCCGACUCCCCGCAGCUCUCCACGCUGGCUGACCAGGUGUCCGCCUCCCUGGCCAAACAAGGCUUGUGA